AUGACUUUCCGCGACCUCCUGAGCGUCAGUUUCGAGGGACCCCGCCCUGACAGCAGCGCUGGGGGCUCCAGCACGGGCGGCGGCGGGGGCGGCGCGGGCAGCGCGGCAGCCUCGGAGGGCCCAGCGGUGGGCAGCGUGCCGGGAGCCGCGGCGGGCGGCGGCGGCGGCGUGGUGGGAGCGGGCGGCGGCGAGGACAACCAGAGCUCCGCCGGGGAGCCUGGGGGCGCGGGCGCCGGCGGCGAGGUGAACGGCACAGCGGCCGUCGGGGGGCUGGUGGUGAGCGCACAGGGCGUGGGCGUGGGAGUCUUCCUGGCCGCCUUCAUCCUCACGGCUGUGGCGGGCAACCUGCUGGUCAUCCUCUCGGUGGCUUGCAACCGCCACUUGCAGACAGUCACCAACUAUUUUAUCGUGAACCUGGCCGUGGCCGACCUGCUGCUGAGCGCCACGGUGCUGCCCUUUUCAGCCACCAUGGAGGUCCUGGGCUUCUGGGCCUUCGGCCGGGCCUUCUGCGACGUGUGGGCCGCCGUGGACGUGCUGUGCUGCACCGCCUCCAUCCUCAGCCUCUGCACCAUCUCAGUGGACCGCUACGUGGGCGUGCGCCACUCGCUCAAAUACCCCGCGAUCAUGACCGAGCGCAAGGCGGCCGCCAUCCUGGCCCUGCUCUGGGCCGUGGCCCUCGUGGUGUCCGUGGGGCCCCUGCUGGGCUGGAAAGAGCCCGUGCCCCCUGACGAGCGCUUCUGCGGCAUCACGGAGGAGGCAGGCUACGCCGUCUUCUCCUCUGUGUGCUCCUUCUACCUGCCUAUGGCCGUCAUCGUGGUCAUGUACUGCCGCGUGUACGUGGUAGCGCGAAGCACCACGCGCAGCCUCGAGGCGGGCGUCAAGCGAGAGCGCGGCAAGGCCUCUGAGGUGGUGCUGCGCAUCCACUGCCGCGGAGCCAGCACGGGGGCUGCUGACGGGACGCACGGCCCGCGCAGCACCAAGGGCCACACCUUCCGCAGCUCCCUAUCCGUGCGCCUGCUCAAGUUCUCCCGCGAGAAGAAGGCGGCCAAGACGCUGGCCAUCGUCGUGGGCGUCUUCGUGCUCUGCUGGUUCCCCUUCUUCUUCGUCCUACCGCUUGGCUCCCUGUUCCCGCAGCUGAAGCCGUCAGAGGGCGUCUUCAAGGUCAUCUUCUGGCUCGGCUAUUUCAACAGCUGUGUGAACCCGCUCAUCUACCCUUGCUCCAGCCGCGAGUUCAAGCGCGCCUUCCUCCGCCUGCUGCGCUGCCAGUGCCGGCGUCGCCGGCGCCGCCGUCCCCUCUGGCGCGUCUACGGCCACCACUGGCGGGGCUCGACCGCGGGCCCGCGCCCUGACUUUGCUCCCGGCCCCGACGCCGCGCCCCCUGGGGCCCCGCUGGCCCUCACCGCGCCCUCGGCCCCCGGCUCUCCCGACACGCCGGAGGCGCAGGCUCCCGUCGCCGGUCGUCGAAAGCCGUCCUGCGCCUUCCUCGAGUGGCGGCUGCUCGGGCCGUUCCGGAGACCGACCACCCAGCUGCGUGCCAAGGUCUCCAGCCUGUCGCACAAGAUCCGCGCCGGGAGCGCGCGCUCAGAGGCCGCCAGCACCCUGCGGGCGGAGGUGGAGGCGGUGUCCCUGGGAGUCCCCCACGACGUGGCCGAGGGCGCCACCUGCCAGGCCUACGAACUGGCGGACUACAGCAACCUCCGGGAGACUGAUAUUUAAGGACCCUGAGCGAGGCCGAGGAGUGUGCUGGGGGAGGAGAAAAGGGGCUGCGGG